UGAUGUACUGUCAAUUAAAGAUGCACGUAGUCGGGUAUUGACGGAAUCUAAGGAGUAUUUAAACCCCGAAUUAAUACCCGAUUGUAUUUAGUCCCACGGAACAUACAUAAGGUGUCUCAUCAACGAUAGCAUUUUUUCGACUCUAACUUUCACGAGGAUUACAGCUGAAAUUGAAACAUUUACUUCUGGGAUUUUUUUACAGCAGUUCCAAAAAGAUGACUCCAAGAAUUGAUUUGUAUUUUUGUCUUAUUGCACUGGCACUUUUUGCCGUUAGUUUUAUCAGCAGUGUUGAAGGAUGUUGGAGAACUAAGUUGUGUAACUAUGACUGCAGACAGCGUAACUACCGCUCAAAAGAUUAUCCAUUGGACUGUUCUCGCUAUUACUUCUGUGUUAAUGGCGUCAAGUGGCGAAAUAUGCGUUGUCCUACUGGGAGGGUCUUCUCCGGUAUCACGCGCACAUGUGUCCACCCGAACGACGUCACCAACGACUGUCCCUCCUCCUACACCAACCGCUACCCGGUUCGGACACAACGACCUAAAUACGUCCGAACCACAAAGCGCCCAGUUCCAGUGUACCAGUCGUGUGGCAUCAAGAGCUCCCCCAACAUCAUGGGCGGAAGUGAAGCACGCGACGGCGAGUGGUCGUGGCAGGUGUCGCUCCAGUCCCGCAGCAGGACUUCCGGUAGCUCGUCUCACUUCUGUGGGGGCGUCCUCAUCAACAGCCGCUGGGUGGCCACAGCCUCUCACUGCGUCAUCAGACGUUUCAGCGGGACGAUAAAGGUCGUCAUUGGCGCCCACAAUCUGCGCAAGCCGAGUCGGUACCAGGUCAAGGUCGGCGUUCAGUCCAUACACAUGCACCCAAAGUACCAGAACAUGGGGAGUUACCCAAACGACAUCGCUCUCAUCAAGCUGGCUGACCCCGUGGACCUGCGCAGUGGGUUCAUCCGGGAAGUGUGUCUGCCCAAGCCCUAUGAAGUAUUAGCAGACGAGAGCGCCUACUCCAGAGAGUCGGGUUGUUGGGUCACUGGCUGGGGGAUGACGUCAAAGGCGAGGUACAGCGACGUGUUGCAAGAAGUUCGCAUAGGUUUGGUGAACAACACCUACUGCGCCAAACUGUGGCGCGGCUACGUCAACAACAACCACAUCUGCGUUGGCAUGGGUGACAAGGGAGCGUGCAGAGGUGACUCUGGAGGACCUAUGAUGUGCUCAAAGAACGGGCGCUACUACCUGGUCGGGAUCACGUCGUGGGGUGAGGAAUCCUGCACUGAGUACGGCUACCCUAACAUCUUCACCAGGGUAUCCAACUACAUGAAGUGGAUCACUGACACCUUGAAGGCAAACCCUUGAUCACGUGGCUUGUUUUACCAGACGCAGACGACUUUUGACUUUCCGCCAUCUUGGGCGCUACACGGCGACGGCAGCACGCCUGACUGUCUGACUUUCAGGGACGAACACUACAAGGGAUUGCCAUUUCAGGCAUAAUAGACCCAUGGAAUAUGCGCAGCUAUGCCUGAGAUGUUCUAGGACUAGACAGAAAGACGACCCGUUGUCAUGGGAAAUGGAGCCCUACCUCAAUGUGACACACAUUUCUGAAGCUGUAGAACCCACAGUACAACCAGCCACACCUGAAUUGUUUGGAUUGAAAACGAAACAAUGCAUAGCCCUAAUAAUCAAAGUAUUCACAAGCAUAUUUCAGUUAUAUUUUGAACCGUAGUUUUGUAAAUAUUUAAUAGCCUUGUCGCAUAUUAAGUAUGUUUGAAUAAAUCAAAAACAUACACUUUCCGUCUCUCUCGUUUUCAAAAUUGUAUCAAUUUUGAACCCGAAAAAAAUAUCUUUGGUACAGUUUCACUUCUAUAUAUACGUCCUAAAGAAACGCAAAAUACAAAUAUUUUCAAGUUACACUUCCCUCUUAUCUUCUGUGGUUAACUUUGUGUUAGUUCCGUCUUCAGUUAAUAAAAUAUGUCUUAAGGCAACCGGAUUGGGAACAAUACUCCAACAAACAUAAAUGUUAAUGUGACGGUUCCAUUUCGGAUGUGCUUUCAGUUUACGUUGCAUGAGAAAAAGACAUUUUUGUUAGUAGACACUUGUCGUUGUCACAGUUGUCGAUCAGUCUCAUUAGCCCACAAUUAUUGAAUAAUUUGUUCGUCGACAUUCGAACAACUUAAUAUAUUAAUAAUCUAUUUCUUCUAAACAUGAAAAAGAAGGAAAAAAGGCUUAAUUGCUCUUCGGCCAAGGGGGCAGUUUGGGAUGCAAAUAGUCCAUCACUAACCGCGGGACUUUGGUAAAAACAGGAUAUUUUUUCAGCAAUUUUUUUCAAAACACAAACAUUUUUCUGUGAAAGGAGAACAUUCUCAUUUAUUUUUACACAUAUUUUUUCCCAGACAAAGAACAUGCCAUGAAAUAUGGUAUAAUUAUCGGAACGAAAAUGAGGCCCCCAAACAAACAUAAUUGACUAAAAUAAAAUUUAAAACAAUUAGAAUAAAAAUAUUGAUCAUCAUUGGAGAAUGAGGUACGUGUAAUUUCGAAUCCGUAGCGCGAUUCAGAUUAUUGUGGUCGAUGCAUGCAAUUACUUUCGUAGAACAUGGUUUCAUGUUUUUAUACACUGACGUGUACAGCAUAUACACGCCUGUAAUUGUCCUUGUAUAAUUGUAUGUGUGUAUCUAUACAUCUGUAUCUUGUUAUUUGUUUCAUUCACGCUGUGACAUGGAAGAUGUUGUACGUAGAAGCCUAUUCCUGCACAGAGGUCGAUAUGUCCUUAAAAGUUGAACCGUAAAAUACACGUGACAUUCGCUCAGCUGCCUGAAGGGCAAACCGGUUAUGUCAUGGCCCGUUUGUCCGUCGUCUGUGAAUAUUUUCUUCUCCGAAACCACUGCGUCUAUGAAGCUGAAAUUGAGACGCAUCUUCUCACCAAUGAUAAAACAAAAGCGUGUUCCGGAAAUUUGGAACCGAUUUUCAAUUUGGCCGACAUGUCAAUGAAGUAGAGUUUGGUGCACGUGUACUAUGUAUUUAAAGAACACCCGAGUCUUUCAUAUUACUAUAGUCAAUCUUGUAAUAAUCUUGUAACCUAUAGUAAUGUGAAAGAAUCGGGUGUUCUUUAGCUUCUUUUGAGUAGUAUAUUAGAAUAACGAUGUUGACAACAAAGUUUGUUGACAUUUGAAACUGUUGACAAAAUACCCAGGUGAGCUACAGUGCCAUGACACUAUUUUCCUCUUUUAACAUUGUGUUGUACAUUACGCAAUGAGAUUGUAUAACCACAGUAAACGGGGAUUGACUAUACACGUGUACAACGAUACGGUAUUCAUCAAGGUGUAUGUACAAUAAACAUGUAUAGCCAUACGGAAAUUAGUAAUAGCAUUGAUUUCAGAAUAAUAAAUAAGUCCAUUUUCUCAGAUCGGUUUUAUAGUGACUGUCCCUUAAAACUAUAGCAUCACCUAUCUCUAAAUGUAGAUCAUUGAUAUCCAGCCUGAUCUACUUUGAAACGAACACAAACUCAUCACAGAGACCUUUUUCUUUGACAAAGAUGGAUUCUGUCCAAAUUUGUUGUUUCAUAAUAAGAGAAUGUUAUCGUUUAUAGUAGCACGGUUACGCACGUGUCAAAAUUGCGAUUAAUAGUAACAUCGCCAUAGUAAUUCUUUUGUGCAAACUCGGUGUUUUAAUAAAUGGUUC